CAGUGUUUAUAUCAGCAUGCAGCCGCUCGCUUGCCCAUAAUGACACAGCCACGGUAGUAUGGCGAGCGUUUCGAGAGCCGAUACUCUAUUUCACCUAUCAAUGGAGAAAAGAUCACCAUGCUUGGGCAUCCUGCGCCUUUUAUUUAUUGCAUUUUUUCAGGUUUCACAGGCCAACAAACAAGCAUUCAUCCAGUCAGACACAAUGUUAGAAGUCCUACAUUUUGGCAAUGGGGGUCUCUUGGAGACAGAGUCUGACCUUGACCUUAGUUCAUAUCAUCAAAAAAGUUCACCCUUACAACGGGGGAGCUGCAGACCCAUACGGUUCGAGCCGCCCAUGUUGGACUUCCACGAACAGCCUGUCGGGAUGCCCAAGAUGGAAAAGGUUUACUUGCACAAUCCCAGUUCAGAGGAAACUAUCAUUUUAAUAUCAAUAUCAGCAACAACUGCUCAUUUUCAUGCAUCCUUUUUUCAGAAUAGGAUAAUUCCACCAGGCGGAAAUACAUCAUUUGAUGUGGUUUUCCUAGCCCGAGUAGUGGGCAACGUAGAAAAUACUUUAUUUAUUAAUACAUCUCAUCAUGGGGUAUUUACAUACCAGGUGUUUGGGGUGGGCAUACCAAACCCAUACAGACUGCGGCCAUUCAUUGGUGCCAGGGUGCCAGUAAACAGCAGCUUCUCACCGCUGAUAAACAUUCACAACCCGCACAGCGAGCCUCUUCAGGUCGUUGAAAUGUACUCCAGCGGGGGGGACCUUCACUUAGAGCUGCCUACUGGCCAGCAGGGCGGCACCAAAAAGUUAUGGGAGAUCCCUCCUUUUGAGACGAAGGGGGUGAUGAGAGCCAGCUUCUCCUCGCGGGACGCGGACAACCACACGGCCUUCAUCCGCAUCAAAACAAAUGCGUCCAGCGAGGACCAGUUCAUCAUCCUGCCAGUAGAGGUGGAGGUCACCACAGCCCCUGGAAUAUACUCCUCUACGGAGAUGCUCGAUUUUGGCACGCUACGAUCGCAAGAUCGACCAAAACAGUUAAAUUUGCACCUCCUAAAUUCGGGGACAAAAGAUGUACCAAUUACCAGUAUACGACCAACUCCCUCAAAUGAAGCCGUUUCCAUAGAUUUCAAGCCAGUUACAUUAAGAGCGGGGGAAAAUAGGUAUACCAAAGUAGCAAGCAUCAGUUUUGAUGCCUCCAAGGCGCGCCGACCAUUUCAGUUCUCUGGUAAAAUUACAGUGAAAGCGAAAGAGAAAAGUUACUCCAAACUCGAAAUUCCAUACCAGGCGGAGGUUUUGGAAGGGUUCCUGGGCUUCGACCACACGGCCACGCUCUUCCACAUCAGGGACAGCCCCACCGACCCGGUGGAGAGACUUGUCUUCCUCACCAACACGUUCAGCUUCGCCAUCCUCAUCCACAACGUCUCGCUCCCAGAGGAGGCCAAGACGAUGUUUGCGAUCCACAACUUCAGCACGCCUGUCCUCGUCCUUCCCCACGAGUCCCAGACCAUUUUCACACUCUACUUCCAGCCUGUGCGGCCCUCCAUCCACAUCGACAGCAACAUCCUGCUGAUCACAAAUGCCUCCAAGUUCCACCUUCCCAUCCGGGCUUACACUGGCUUUCUAGAGCCCGUCGUUCUGCCCCCCAGCCCUGAGGAGCAUACCCUGGAUUUCAGUGUGCUUAGCGCCACAGACGUAAACAGCCUGAUCUUCGUCGUCAUCAACAGCAACCCCAUUGAGCUGAAGAUAAAGUCCUGGUUUGUUACCGGGGAUAGUCUGACCAUGGAUCUCCUCCGCGCAGAGUCUGGGAACAGGACUACGGCCCUGUCCAGGACGCAGGAUCUCCAGAACGCGUCCGCCUCCGACCAGCAAACCGUGAUCCUGGCCUCUGGGUACUACGCUGCUUUCAGGGUCACCCUGGCCGCCAAGGACCUGGAAGGCGUCUAUGAUGGAGCCGUGCACAUCACGACGGAUUAUGAGAUAUUAACCAUACAGGUGAAAGCCGUCAUAGCAGUGGGGACGCUGACCAGCUCUCCAAAACACAUCUUCCUUCCCGCAUCUUUUCCGGGGAAGACAGUGCACCAGAGCCUGAACAUCCUGAGCUCGUACUCACAGCGGGUCAAGCUGCAGGAGGUGCGUUCCCUGACGGAGGACGUGCGCUUCUACUCCAAGAGGCUGCGAAGUAACAAGGACGAGCUGGAGCCACGAUGCAGGUCCAAGGUAGCAAAUAUUUAUUUUGAUGCUAGUUUGCAGUGCGGGGACCACUGUUACAUUGGCCUGCCGUUCCUCUUAAAGUCCGAGUCCAAGCCGCACGGCCUCUCGAUGCAGGAGGGCGCAUGGGACACCGACGUGGAGCUGCACCAGACGCUACUCCGGCGCUGGCAGGAGUUGAAGGACAGCUCGGGCCACGAGGUCAGGGCCGUGUUUGAGGUGAACACUGACCUACAGAAGAAGGUGCAGACCAUGGUGACAGCCGAAAUGACAUGGCCCUCCAUAAUCGGCUCGACCCGUCAGAUCAUCUUCCCCCUGACCAACAGCAACAGCUCCUCUGAGGAGCAGCUAGUGCUGGAGAACCCAGCUGACGUUCCCGUCUACGUUCAGGUUCUCCCUUUGGCGCUGUACGCAAACCCGUCUGCGUUUGCAGAGAAGCUGGCAGACAGGUUCCCCUUAGGAAAGUCCAUGAACAUCAGUGCUAACACUCUGGAGUUCCAGGUUUACAAGAACCACACCCCCGUUGGUAAGGGGGGCCCAUCUGGGCUGGCAGAGGGGCCGACGUGGCUCCUGCUCUCCCCCGGGGAGGUGAGGAGCCUGUUGGUGCGCUUCACACCGACGGGCAGCCACUCAGUCAUGUCCCUGUUAAUAGUCAGGAACAACCUGACUGUGCUGGACUACCUUGUAGUGCAAGGUCAGGGCACCACAGAGAGCCUGAAGGUUGCGGGAAGAUCGCCUGGCCCCGGCAGCUCUCUGAGAUUCAAGAUGACAGAAUCACUACUGAAGGACUGCACAGAAGAAGUUAAAUCUAAAGAGCCCAACUUCACCCUCAGGAGGACUUUUAAAGUUGAGAAUGUUGGACAGCUUCCAAUUAGCAUCCGGUCCACAGAAAUCAGUGGAUACGCUUGUGAAGGUUUUGGAUUCAAAGUUCUCAACUGUCAAGAAUUUGCACUUAAACCAAAUGCUUCAAAGGACAUUGUCAUACUGUUUACACCCGACUUCACCGCCUCGCGGGUCAUCCGGGAGCUGAAGCUGGUCACGGCGGGCGGCUCGGAGUUCGUGUUCGUGCUGAACGCCUCGCUGCCCUACCACAUGUUGGCGCCGUGCGCAGAUGCCCUCCCCAGGCCAAGCUGGGAGCUGGAGCUCUACGUCAUCGUCUCCCUCAUCAUGAGCUCCAUGUUCCUGCUGGUGAUCGCGACGGCCUACCUGGAGGCCCAGGGCAUCUGGGAGCCCUUCCGUAGGCGCCUGUCCCUGGAAGCUGCCAACGGCCCCAUGGAGACCGGAAAACCCUUCGAUCUCAGGGAUAUCGUGCGGAUUCAGACGGAUCCAAACUCAAGCGAGUAUGGGGACUCGAACCACAACGUGACGCGAGGAAUGUAUGCGACGGGUGGCUCCUUGUUGCGGGGGGGUGGUCGUCCCUGCGGCCGGGCCUCCACGGACCUGGAGGGCCUGCGGUCCAGGACCAGCAGCAGCAGGGCAGCUAUGCAAACGGGCCCCCAGUUCGGGGGAAAGGGGUCCGGCGGCUCGGGCUCCAGCUCGGACGGGCUGCCGACUCAGUGCCAGCUCCCCGUCCGCCGGCUACGCAGCAGCAGGCUGGGCCAGGGCCAGCAGCCGGCACCUCCACAGCAGGUUCUGAGCCCCCCAGAGCCCCCAGUCCAAACGGCAGCGGCGCCUUCCCAGCCUCCCAAACCCCAGUCUGAGGGGCCGGCACGCCUCAGCUCUGUGGACUCGGACUAUAUCGGCCUCCUGGAUGCCAUGGAUAAGGACCUGGACCGGCCCGAGUCGCCCUGCGUGGAGGUGUUCCCCGAGCAGCCGCCGUCACCCGCUGCCCAUAGCAAAGCCACCGUUCAAAAGGGAAAGAUCCAGCGAAAGUCCAAGGCACAGAAGAAGCGCGAGGAGAAGGAACAGCAAGGCAGGGGGAGGCCCCGGACCGAGGACGUCAAGGACGCGCUGGCUGAUGAUGACAGCUCGUCCACCACCACGGAGACCUCCAACCCCGACAUGGAGGCCAGCAUCAAAGAGGAACCAGUCGAGAAAAAAGGCCGGACAUUUACAGUGGAGAAGGAGGAACCUCCAGCAUUCCUGAAGCCCAGGAACAAAAAGCUAAGCAGCACGAAGAAGGAGGGUCCAGCAGACAGCAAGUCCAGUUCCCUGGAGCUGCCGUACGUCACGCCCCUGGAGAACAAACAGCGGAAGAACUUUACGUCUAAGCUGCACCCAACAUUAACGACGGGGGCGAAGGCAAGGCCUCUGCCCAAACAGCGAGCAGUGCCUUGUGGGAAGGCGGAGGACUGCCGCCCCUCUCCACUGGGCAAGUUCCUGUCACAGGGUCUGCCGGGGGAGCUUGGGAACAGCAGCAGCUCGGAGGGGGAGAAGGACUCGCCCCCACCAGAGUGGGAUACAGUGCCCCUUCACAAGGCCGGAAGCCCCGCCGACAGCCUGCAGCAGCUCUCCAUCCAGACCAUGAACGCAGACCCCUUCCUGAAGAGGCCGCUGUCAGACGCGUCCUGCACCUGCUCACCGCCGCCCACCUCCCUCAGCCUGGUGACCCGAGGGACCUACAGCAGUGUGGUCAAUGCUAACAGUGAGACCGGCUUGAAGAAGCCGGCCGGAAACAAGAGCAAGCUGGCGCCACUGGCCACGCUGCCGGGCAAGAACGGAAACCCCACCUUCGCCGCCGUCGCCGCCGGUUACGAUAAGAGUCCUGGGGGCAGCGGGCCGCCCAAAGCCAGCACCAGCAAGGCAGAAGCUCCGGGAAAAGCGCCCGUACCGCGCCUCACCUCUGUGGAGAGCGACGGUUCCGACAGUUCCGGACUCUGGAGUCCCACUGACAGUACGAACAGCCCCAACUUCAACCCAUUUGGACCCAACAACACAUUUAAUCUGUCUGGGGUCUUCAGGGGGAUGACAUUUCCCAAGAGCCAGGAGCCACAGCAGAACUGGGGGGACUUCAAUUCUGUGCAGCCCUCCAUCUGGGACACCCCCAGCACCGAACCCCUGCACCCCUGGCCAAUCAGCUCUGGCUCCCCAACGGCCCCCACUGUAUCCAUCCUGGGCAAUCCCAGCAGCCUCUGGUCCCCAAGCACUCUCUUCAGCAGCCCUAUCUGGUCCACCAGCGGGGACGGCAGCCUGCACUCCCUGGCCCCGGUCACCUCUGCCCCCCUCUCUGACCUGAUCUGCGGCCCAGAUGGCAGCUGCCCCACACUGGCUCCGCCCUCCACCCCCGCACCCGAGAUUGGCCGUGCCUACAACCCCUGGAGCGUGUGGGGGCCGACCCUGAAUAGGCGGAGCUCCGAGCCCUGGCCCGACCCCAGCGACAAGGACGCCUGACGAUGCCACUCCUCCCUGAACAGAUUUGGCCAUGCACACUUCUGCUUUCUUUUAUAAAGGCAAAAGUUAGAUACAAAAAGAAAAUCCCAUUAUGCUUCCAAUCGGCAAACGUGGAUCGAUUAUAGUAGCCUGGCCUAAAAUCAAAAAUGGUUUACUGGUACUUUUUAAGUUUUUGAAGAGAAGCCUUAUUUAAAGCCGUUUUUAAAUGCGGACCGACGUUAUUGUGGCUCGGAGAUGUUGCCCUUAUAGGGACACACAGUAUCGCCCCCUUUUUAAGUAAUACUGCAUUGUCUUGGUAUUUUUAUAAUACAGUAUUACAUUAUUUAAACUAGCACUUUGCGUAAAGCUGAAUAAUUGUUCCAAGACAGAUUCUUGGUUUAAAGUUUGCAAUAAUAUUAUUUUGGCCAUAAAGUUAAAUUUAAAUUGGUCAACUUGAAUUGUGGGCAGUGCAAACGCCCAGACGAUGUGUUCUUGCAGGCUGGUUGUGGCUUGGGCCGCCUUGUGUUCAAUAUGAUGGUCAAAACGGGGAAGAUCUGUCGCGAUGUAUUAUUUUAAAAGCCAAAUUCACUUAAGAAUAAAGAGGAUUCACCAUCUGGAUUGUUAUUUUGGGAAGCUGUUUUGAAGUUGGAUUUGAGUUUAAAAUUGAUAUUCCAUCAUUUGUCAUCUUGGGAGCCUCAUACUGGUCACCAGAUCAAAAUAAACCAAACCCACGGACAGUCA